AUGUCCGAACAAAAAAUUGCAAUUCUUUCGGUUUAUAAUAAAACUGGUCUUUUAGAAUUUGCUAAAGCACUCAAUGAAUUGAAUGUUCGUCUUUUGGGAUCUGGAGGUACUGCAAAGAAAAUAAGAGAGGCUGGUAUUCCUAUUUCGGAUGUCUCGGAGAUAACCAAAGCUCCUGAAAUAUUAGGAGGUCGCGUCAAAACAUUACAUCCAGCUGUACAUGGCGGCAUUCUUGCUAGAAAUAUUCAAAGUGAUGAGGCCGAUCUUAUCCAACAAAAUAUAAAAAAGAUUGGCUAUGUGGUUUGCAAUCUUUAUCCUUUCAAAGAGACAAUUGAAAAAGAAAAUAUCACUAUUGCUGAGGCCGUUGAAGAAAUUGACAUUGGUGGUGUUACUCUUUUAAGAGCUGCUGCAAAAAAUCAUGAUCGUGUUACAGUACUUUCGGAUCCAAAUGAUUACACAAAUUUCUUGACUGAAUUGAAAAAAGAUGGCCACGUAUCAGAAAAUACUCGUAGAUUAUUGGCAUUAAAAGCAUUUAAUCAUACUGCUGAUUAUGAUGAUGCAAUUUCUAAUUAUUUUAGGCAACAAUAUGCACCUAAUAUUUCUCAAUUGACAUUGCGUUAUGGAGCAAAUCCACAUCAAAAACCUGCACAAGUCUUUGUGAAAGAUGGUGUAUUACCAAUAAAAGUCCUUUCUGGUUCACCUGGUUAUAUUAAUUUGCUUGAUGCUUUAAAUGGCUGGCCUUUAGUCAAAGAACUCAAAAAUGCUCUUAAUAUACCAGCAGCCGCCUCUUUUAAACAUGUUUCACCUGCUGGAGCUGCUGUAGGGUUAUCAUUAUCUGAUAUCGAGAAAAAAGUAUAUUUUGUAGAUGACGUCAAAGAUCUUUCACCUUUGGCAAAUGCCUAUGCACGUGCUAGAGGUGCUGACAGAAUGUCUUCUUUUGGAGACUGGAUUGCUCUAAGUGAUAUAGUCGAUAUUCCCACAGCAAAAAUUAUUUCACGAGAGGUAUCUGAUGGAAUUGUUGCUCCAGGUUAUGAACCCGAAGCUUUGGAAAUUUUACGUAAAAAGAAAAAUGGCACAUACACAGUUAUUCAGGUUGACCCUGAUUAUGAACCACCUGAAACAGAAACUCGACAAGUUUAUGGAUUAUUUUUGCAACAAAAGCGUAACAAUGUUCAAAUAGAUCAAAAAUUAUUUGAAAAUAUUGUCUCAAAAAAUAAAAAUUUAUCAGAAUCUGCAAUCACUGAUUUGAUAGUGGCAACAAUCUCUUUAAAAUAUACCCAGUCCAAUUCAGUUUGUUAUGCUAAAAAUGGUAUGGUUAUUGGACUCGGCGCUGGUCAACAAUCUCGUAUUCAUUGUACAAGAUUAGCUGGUGACAAAGCUGAUAAUUGGUGGCUACGUCAUCAUCCAAAAGUUUUGGCAUUUAAUUUUAAAAAAGAAGUGAAGCGAGCCGAUAAAAGUAAUGCGAUUGAUUUAUAUAUCAUCGAUAAAAUUGGAGAAGGAUCGGAACGUGAAUCAUGGGAAUCUUUAUUUACAUCAAUACCUACACCGUUAUCACCUGAAGAACGUAAAUCACAUCUUGCCACUCUAUCAGAUGUUGCCUUAUCUUCUGACGCAUUCUUUCCUUUUUCAGAUAAUGUACACAGAGCUUCACAAUCUGGUGUUAAGUUUAUUGCUGCUCCAAGUGGUUCAAUACAAGAUGAGGCAGUUAUUAAAGCUUCUGAUGAACAUGAAAUUGUUUAG